AUGGAGUCCCUCGAUCUUCUGCGCAGGGCUGCAGCUGAAGCGACCACCGCAACCACCACAAGUUUACAACAUGCAACCGCAACAGAAGCAGCUGCAACACCAAGUAACACUAUAGGAAUGUACGCAACCGAUUUGAAUGGAGUAAAUCAAUCUGUCAACAACCUUCUACGAGAUGUUUUAUGGUGGUGCUUAGGAAUCAUGGCUUUGAUCAUCCUUGUCUUUAGAAUGAUGCAUCGAGCAAAGUCACAUUUGCGACACAUGACAGGGAUGAAUAGUAACGCGAAUCAACAACGAUAUUUUCAGGAAAAUAGAUCGAGUUGGUGGAAGGUCAAGAAGCAUUUAUUGUAUGCGCCGCUAUGGAAUAAACGUCACAACAGAGAAUUCAAGUUGUCGUCAGCUGUCAAUAUGGGAACCCUCCCAUCAAGAUGGCACGCACUACUGUUGAUCGUUUACCUUUCAAUGAACGUUGCCUAUACCCUUGUUCUUGACUACAGCAGGGAAAACAAAUAUUCAAUCGUAGCUGAGCUCCGAGGAAGAUCUGGUGUUCUCGCUGUGUGUAACAUGAUCGCGCUCAUCAUUCUUGCCGGACGCAACAACCCUCUCAUCGGAUGGCUUCAAAUCAGUUUUGAUACCUACAACUUAUUGCAUCGAUGGAUGGGAAGGAUAGUCGUUCUGGAGGCUCUUGUACACACGUCAUGUUGGGCAUAUGUACAACACGCAGACACCGGUUUCUCUGGUGUUUGGGAUAAGCUUAUGCACGAUCCAUUCUGUUCUUACGGAAUGAUGGGCACUGCUUCCUUUGUCCUCAUUCUCCUCACAUCCCCAUCCCCAAUUCGUCAUGCCUUUUACGAAACCUUCCUCAAUCUUCACAUUAUCUUCGCUGCCGUAGCCAUCGCCGGUGUUUGGAUUCAUUGCGACAUCCCAAGUCUUCCACAGAAACCUUACAUCCGCGCCGUCGCCUUCCUCUGGAUUGCUGAUCGCGUAUUCAGAAUGGCUCGUCUUAUCUGGUGCAACUACAGUACCAAAGGUUGGACCACCGCCUCCAUCGAAGCCAUGCCUGGAGAUGCUUGCCGUGUCACCAUGCAUCUGCCCAAGAAGCUCGAUGUCAAACCUGGAUCUCACGCCUAUCUUCGUUUCGCCAAACUCAACUUCUGGGAGUCGCAUCCCUUCUCCAUCGCUUGGGUAGCCCAUCGCCCGAAGUUCUCCCCUGAACUCCCACUCAACGAAAAGAGAAUGGUUUCUGAAGAACAAACAACCGAUAUCAGCUUUGUCAUCCAUGCGCAAACUGGGUUGACCCGUCGUCUCUUCGACGCAGCUAAAGUCGCCAGUCCACGUGUUCUGACACUCAAGGCUGCAUUCGAAGGACCCUAUGCUGGACACCACUCUCUCGAUUCUUACGGUCACGCAGUCCUCUUCGCCGGAUCCUCCGGAAUCACGCAUCAGAUUCCCUACGUUCAACACCUUAUCCAAGGCUACAACGAUGGUACCAUCGCCACCAAAAAGGUCCUACUCGUCUGGAUCAUCCGUGACGUCGAACAUCUUGAAUGGGUGCGACCUUGGAUGGACGAAAUCUUGCGCAUGCAAGGACGUCGCGACAUUCUCACCAUCAAGUUGUUCGUCACGAAACCUAAGAAUCCAAAGGAGAUCCAUUCCCCAAGUGCCACAGUCCAAAUGUUGCCUGGUAGACCUAAUAUCAACCUGUUGUUGCAGACUGAAGUUAGGGAACAAGUGGGCGCCAUGUGCGUUACCGUUUGUGGACCAGGAGCGUUGCAAGACAGCAUCAGAGAAGCAGUGAGAGAAGUCCAAGAACAUGGGGUGGUAGAUUUUAUCGAGGAGAGUUUCACUUGGUAA